GUGAGCAGUGUUUUCAGUGUAUGUAUAUAUACUGUUUAAGUUUAUAGUGUGCAUAUCGUAAAUUGAGCCAUGGAGCUUCCAUGCUACACUCUGCUGCAAGGUCCCUCUGACUCGGAGCUGCCCUCGGAAAUGCUGCUGCGGCAAAACCUUGAACAUGGAGAUGUCAACGUCAAAAUUGAUGCUCUUAAGAAGACCAUUCAGCUGAUACUGUCAGGGGAGAAACUUCCAGGAAUUCUGAUGACUGUCAUAAGGUUUGUGAUGCCGCUCGAAGAUCACACCAUCAAGAAACUAUUGUUGGUCUUCUGGGAGAUUGUUCCUAAGACAACACCUGAGGGCAAGCUACUGCAGGAGAUGAUCCUUAUCUGCGAUGCUUACCGGAAGGUCAGCGUUUCCAGAAGUUCUCGUGUUUUAGUUUAUUUUCCCUUCUACUGCUUGCUUUUUUCAGACUGCCGGCGAUGUGUUUACUCUUAACUUUGUCUACCUCCAACAACGCCUGCGUGACCACCAACGCACUGGUAUGCACGUUUAUGCUUGCAAGUCAGAAGGAUAUUGCCUCAAUUAUUUUUAAAUGGCUGCUCCUGGCUUUAUUUGUGGAUUUGCUUAUCAUAGGCCCAGAAUUUGCUCUUAUCCUUCCUCAGAACUUGCAGCUCAGUUUUUCCUGG